AUGUCCGACGAGCAGGAGCAGAAGCCCGAAAUCAAGCCCGAAACCCACAUCAAUCUCAAGGUCUCCGACGGCUCCAGCGAGAUCUUCUUCAAGAUCAAGCGCACCACCCCGCUGCGCCGCCUCAUGGAGGCCUUCGCCAAGCGCCAGGGCAAGGAGAUGGACUCGUUGCGCUUUCUCUACGACGGCGUCCGCAUCCAACCCGACCAGACGCCCGACGACCUGGAUAUGGAAGACAACGAUAUCAUCGAGGCCCACCGAGAGCAAAUCGGCGGGUCCUAA